UGUUUGACAGUUGCACAUGCUGCAGUACCAGCAUUACUGAAGCUACAGCCCCCCGUCAAUGGAAAAAACUUUACCGUGCCCCCAAAUCUCUGUCAUAUCCUGUGUCUAAAUUUAUUGACCUCCCCCUGCCAGCCUACGCGAAAUACCUCCAUACUUCAAAAUCCGCAGUGCCUUUUUGACACAUUAUUUUUUAAAAAAUGACAGAAGGGAACAAUAUGCCAGAAAACGAUGCAGCCGCCGAGACACCCGCCGGCAGCGAACCCGCAAAGGAGAAGCGUCCAGUAGAGGAGCAGGAUGGGGAGAAGGAGAAGACGGAGAAUAAGGAGAACGGGGACAGCAAAGUGGAUAUCCCAGAGAAAAGCGAGGGUCCGGGAGCCAAGGAGGAGGUUGAGUUUGUGCACCCCGAGGGCGGCUGGGGAUGGGUGGUCAUGCUGGCUUCCAUGUGGUGCAACGGCUCGGUGUUUGGGAUCCAGAACGCCUUCGGUGUAAUGUAUAUUUCCCUCCUGCAGGAAUUUGGUAGCCCGGACGAUAAAGACCUCAAAUUCAGAACAUCAUGGGUGGGCUCCCUCUCCAUGGGCAUGAUCUUCUUCUGCUCUCCCAUCGUCAGCAUAUUCACCGACAUGCUCGGCUGCAGAAUUGUUGCAGUGGGUGGUGCUGCUGUGGGUCUGGUCGGCCUACUGGGUAGCUCCUUUGUCACGUCCCUGGACCUCAUGUACUUCACAUACGGCAUUGUGUUCUCCUGCGGCUGCUCUUUCGCCUACCAGCCAAGCCUGGUCAUCCUUGGCCAUUACUUUAAGAAGCGCCUUGGCCUCGUAAAUGGUAUUGUAACAGCCGGCAGCAGCGCCUUCACGAUCGCUAUGCCCUUUGUGCUGUCAGCCUUACUGAAAAACAUAGGCCUAUACUCCACCCUGCGUGUCCUCUGCAUCCUCAUGCUUGUGCUGAUGCUGGCUGGCUUCACUUACAAGCCCCUGCUGCCGGUCAAACCGAAAGACUCCCAAACAGGCAGCUCACACCUAAAACAGAUUUUCAACGUCAAUAUCUGGAAGUCGUGGGGAUAUCGCAUCUGGGCCUUCGGCAUUCCUGCUGCCCUCUAUGGCUACUUUGUGCCUUAUGUUCAUCUGAUGAAACACGUGGAGGAGCGUUUUGGAAAAGAGACCAAUAAGGAAGUUUUGCUCAUGUGCAUUGGUAUAACAUCUGGCAUUGGCCGACUGAUCUUCGGCAUAGUGGCGGAUUACAUUAACGGAGUCAACAAAGUGUUCCUGCAAGUGGCGUCCUUCUUCGUCAUCGGUCUCAUGUCCAUGAUGAUCCCCCUGUGCAAUGUGUUUGGCGGGCUUAUCGCAGUGUGUCUGCUGAUGGGACUGUUUGACGGCUGCUUCAUCUGCAUCAUGGCACCUAUCGCCUUUGAGUUGGUUGGAGCCAAAGAUGUGUCCCAGGCCAUUGGCUUCCUGCUAGGCCUGAUGUCUGUGCCCAUGACUGUGGGGCCCCCUAUUGCAGGCUAUCUGAGGGACAAAAUGGGAUAUUACGACAUGGCCUUCUACCUAGCAGGAGUCCCACCGAUCAUUGGCGGGGCCUUGCUGUGUCUGAUACCCUGGGUGGAAGCCAAGCACAAGAGAAGAGAGAAAAAGGAGGCCGUGAAAGGGGAGCAGGACGCUGACCAGAAGAUGAUGAAUCAUGAAAAGGCUCAAGAAGUUGUGCAACACAAAGCAGGAGAGUCUGUCCUCUAAAUACCCCUAGAGAGAGACUGACAGAGAGGUGCAGGGGGUCAGACUGAGGCUGCUGCUGCUCAUUGAUAGUAUUAAGAUACUCUGUGCAUAUCUGUGUUUAAGUGAAGACUGUUUUAAGUAGGAAAAAAUGCCAAAGUGUUCAAACAUAUCAGAGUCAUAUGUUGAAGCUGAACGUAAAUGUGAUCCUGAAGAACUAUGCAUCAGACUGAACUAAUCUUACAUCAGGCAAGCUUGAAAUUGUAGCUGAAAAUGGGGAAAACUGGACAUUUAUUUUUUUGUCACAAUAAGAGUUAGGCAUGCAGUACUGUGUCAAGAUCAACUCUGUCAGCAGCCAUUCUCACUGGGCUUACUCUAAUCUUAACAUGGACUUUUCAUCACUAUCAUACAGUUUUAGACAUACAAUUAAAACAUGUUGUAUAAUAUAACAUACAGAAAAACAUAGGAAACAAUUUAUGGUGUUAAUUUAAAUUUUUGUAUAAGUUCAUAGUGAACCAGUCUGCCAAAGAUUUAUAUUUAACCCUGCCAUCUUUAUGUCCUCCAGUAUGCUAUGUAAUCUGUUUUAGGGGUGCACUGAUACAGCGGUCGGGGUUGGUUGAUACCAGCAUUUCUGCAAAUAAAUUGGCAUAUACUGAUGUCCUGCCUAAAAGUUAACAAAAGCUGAAAAAAAACCCCCUGACACAAAUGAAAUAAUAUGCUAUAUUUGUUUUCCUGGACCAAACCGGGAACUAGAUAACAACAAAAACUAAUACAAAUACUGUUAUCUGCAGGCUUCCAGAUGCUCUUUAAGACAUCAAUAUCUGUAUCAGUACCAGUAUCUGUAUUGCCGUUGAUAUUUGUACUGGUAUCGGUCCUUUUGACAGUCAGUGCAUCCCUAAUCAAUGAUUGGUGUUUAAAAAGACACACAGUAACUAUCGGCUCAGAGAAGUGCUCUAAAAAGUCUAGGUUUUUCUGUCUGACUCUGGAAUCUGAGCUGUAAAGGUGCUUGUAAGGAUGCAGCUUUGGGAAGCACAAAAUGUCCUGUCAGAGAUGCUGACCCAGCUUCCCUUCUGAGGUUGGAUCUAGGAAAUCUGAUCAUUUAAAGGCUGUUUAACUCACCAAGCAGAGCUUGGCACCCAAAAGCUCUAAGUUCACCACACUGAGCCCGUAAUUCUUUCCCUUGAAAAAUUCAAAAUAAACUGCACAAUACAUUUUUUUUAAAUACCAGAGGUAGCAAAUAUAUGGUACAAAUUAAAAGUCAUAUAAGAUAAUUAAAAUUUACUUAAUUUUUAAACAAAUUUGUCUGAUGGUUCAGUAAACAAGAAUUUUCUCCAAUUAUUUUAUAUUUCAGGCUUUAAGGGGUUAAGGUUAUUAUCCACUCUUGAUCCCAUGCUGUGGAGCAUCCCAGAAUUUAUGCUGCACUGUGUUUCCAAAAUUACCACUAUUGAAUUAUUAAUGAUCACAUUAUACAAACAUGAAAGCAUAGAGAGGGUUCUAAAAAGCCCCCUGCAACUGUGUCAUCAGUUAAUCUGGUACUGUGACUGAUUCAUUCAAAGAGGCUGCUUUAAAUCAAACCUCCUCAGUGUUUUAGAUGUUAUAUUUAAAGAAAUAGUUUUAGAAAGUAAAUAUGUGGCAACUGGUUAUCCUAAAAAAGGCACAGAGACUGGAAGCAAGCAGAAAAUAUUAGUCUGGAGUAGGAAAAAUAGGACUUCUAGCCACUGUGAAAGUUCACUUAUCAUCAAGUCAUAUCUGUUUAAAACUUUGUUGACUGCUUUCAGCCUAUCAGCACUUAAGAAGACAUUCACCACUUACAUUAGCCAUGCGUAUCUGCUGUACUGCAUCAGUUUGUUGAUUACUUUGCUCUUUCAAAGACAGCGGGAUGAAGAGCUGAACUGAACUCUAGGUCACUGGCCAAGUUAGGGCAUGAGUGGGUUUUGUUUUAGCAACAUGCUGAGUGGGCACAUUCGAAGAAAUUGGAAGAUGUUACCUUUUAAUUGAAUCCUCAUCCCUUUGUUAAAGCCUACUGCCAGAUGGGGACCGUUUUUGUUCAUUUUCUUGUCAUUUUCUCUCACAUUUGAGUUCAUACUUAAAUUGUGCAGCAUUCAUUAACAGUUGACCUGGUUCAUGUCAGAUGAUCUCUUAAAUGGCCCAAAACCCCACAAAACAUUGUGCAUUUUCCUUCACCUCUGUAUGAUUUACUCACUCUACUGAAUCAUUUCAGAGACGCCUCUGUUUGAACUGUGGACGUGAGUCUAACUAAUAAUUGACUAUGUGACCAUCAGUCCCAUUAAUUAUUAACUCUGUCCAGUUCAAUGACAUUCAGUAGAAAGGUAUCUGUUUUGUGUUUUAUUUAUUUUUCACUUCUGGAGACUUUCAUGUUGUUAAAAGCCUUAAAUGAACUGACUGAAGACCAAACUGUGCACAAAUGAAAAUGUCUGAAAGUGUGUUUGCUUGCCCUCAUUCGCCUCCCCAAAGCCCCCUAUGUAGUGCCAGUGAACCAAGUGAUGUCACCCAUCACUGACUGUGGUGGACUGCAUAUUUGGAAAACUCACGCUGCUGGGGAAAUGAAUCUCCAUCAUAGAAAUGCUGUGGGUCAGUGUUUUUUUUUUUCCUCUGCAGACCUGUGACCCGCUACCUCAGAUGAUAGCAGAGCUCUGCUCCCUGUCUGUACUGUCCUGUCACCGUGAAUACAUCUUAACUUUGCUCUUUAAUGAAAAACAUGUUGCCAUUAUUUUAUUUUAUUUUAUUUUAAUGCACAAAGUGACUGAAAUCUUCAGCAUUUCCAAUACUAUGCUUAAAUCCCAUGUCUUAUCCUUAUGAUGUGCAUGACUCUUUAUGGUGGAGUGCCAUCAUAGUGCUAUUCAUUUGUGAGCGCCUCGAGUAAUUUCUCAUUGCCAUAUAUGAAUAUGAAUGCUUUGUUGUAUGUAUUCAUUGCACUCUAUUCGCUCUUUUACUUGUUUUUUUUAGCUGUUUGGUCAUAUGUGCCUCUAGAAAUUAUAUGUGCCAACCAAAGAGAUGCUUUGUUUUAAAUUGCAUGAUUUAUUUUUACUUGGUGAUUACUAUAGACCAAAAUCUUUGAGACAAUCUGCUGAAGUUAACACACCAAAGCCUAACAGUAUUUAGUUGCUGUUAUUUUGCCAUCUAAUCCAGCCACUGGCUUUAUUUGCUGCAUCUUUACUGCUUCCGUCCUUUUCCAUGUAUUCUCCCCAAAAAGUGUUCUUAAAUAUGAAUGUGUCUACAUUUCCUCUGUUGCAGGAUGUGUUGUGAACAACAGUAUAUGCAAUGUAUGUAAACACAAUUAAUUUUAAUCAUUUUAAAAACAGUAAAAAUAUUUACUUUUAA